GUAUUUCCUGUGCUUCUGUGGCAUUGUUGCAAUGGAAUGCCCGGCGAUGCAUAAAUCCCUCAUCGAUUCACAACUCCAUUCUACACGUCCAUACCUACUCAGAACAAUUUGCAUAUCUCGCUAACCCGUCAUCCAGCAUCAUCUCCCAGCUCGUGCGAUAUGUCGACCUCAACACCCUACACGAGCUCUCCCGGACCUGCAGGCAGUUCCGGGAGAACCUUCUCCAGCAUCGGACACUGCUCAUGCAGCGGACUCUCCGCUGUCGCAACGAGCCCGUAGAGCUCGGUGCUCGUCUGGGCAAGGCACUAACUGCUAGUGUCCAACAGUGGCGCGCGUGUGGUUCCCAACGGAUAACAAGUGGCAGAGUGGGCACUUGUGCGAGGGACCAAGUAGGGGAGUGCCGGCGGUGCGGCGAUGCGGUCUGCAGGAACUGUGUUAUGAAGCCGCCAUCGGCACGCGACAUCAAAGGAAGACAUCGCCGGCUUUGCCGAACCUGCAUGAAAUGCCCCAUCCAACGCCUGACCGUCACAAAUGCCGUUGUCGCCGACGACGAACACGAAAGUCUUCCCACCAGAUACAGCCGUGAACCGUGCGCGUGCGAACACCAAGGCGUCUGGAUCUGCGAGCCAUGUGGCCAACUCCUACGCUCAGCAAAUACAACCUACCUGCGCGGCUGGGCCUGGCGAGCGCGCUACUCGGCUUGCGGCGGUGUAGGUGCCGGCCUAGGCGAAGGCAACGAAGGUGUCGAGUGCGGGCGCGGCAGCAACUGUCUCGAUGCGCGCAUCAUCGUGAACGAAAUCGAGUGCGAUGCGGACGAGCUGGCGGCGCACGAAGGCUUGAUAGAAUCGGCGGCCGAUGGCGGCUGCAGGCAUCAUUGGGCUGGGAACAGUUACAAUACGCAUGAGAUUGUGGGUCUGGGCGGCAAGGUGAAGAAGAAGAUCAAGAAAAAGGUGCGGGUUGGGGCGAUUGUGAAGGAGUAUGAGGAUGAGAGGGUGGCGGGCAAGGUGCUAAGGAGGGAGCAAGACGGGGCGAAUCGCAGUUGGUGUGGGUGGUGUUUGAGAGUGGUGGUGGGCAAGAAGGAUGUGGAGCAGGCGAGUGGCAGUUCGGACAGCGUCGACUCGGUCGAUUCCCUGAGUACACUAUGAGGCGGAGGGACGAUGAUCAUGAUGGCAAUGACUUGAAACGAAAUCAGUGCCGCGAGAGGAGUGCCGUGGGCCGCAUGGCGAUUGCACUGCCACUACAAUCUAUACCG